GGGAAACUUGGCGCAGGUAAGGCGCGGCUCCGCGCAGCGGCGCGCGGACCUACCCGGGCUGCAUAUAACGGAAGGAAGGAUGUGCCCUGUGAUGAUGAAUUAGGGCUCAGAGAAUCCUUUCUCUGAGCAAUGGAGACAAGAGGGCCUGUGAUCUUCAGCAUGACAGAGACUCAGCACCUCUCCUUGGACGAAAAUACAAACCUAGCCAACGGAGAUGCUGAACAGUUUGAUUCAGAUGAAAGUUCAAAUUCUGAAGACGUUGAUUUCAACUGGGAUGAAUACUUGGAAGAGACAGGAUCUUGUGCUGCCCCUCACACUUCGUUUAAGCACGUGGAAGUCAGUCUCCAGAGCAGUUUCCAACCUGGCAUGAAGCUAGAGGUGGCCAACAAACACAAUCCAGAGACCUAUUGGGUGGCAACCAUCAUCACCACAUGCGGGCAGCUGUUGCUGCUGCGUUACUGCGGCUACGAAGAUGACCGCAGAGCUGAUUUCUGGUGCGAUGUGAUGACAGCCGAUCUCCACCCUGUGGGUUGGUGCACCCAGAACAACAAAGUUCUGAUGCCUCCCAAUGCUAUCAAGGAGAAAUACUCGGACUGGACGGCAUUCCUCAUACGUGAUUUGACGGGCUCGCGAACGGCGCCUGCAAAUUUACUGGAAGGCCCUCUGCGAGGGAAAAACCCUGUAGACCUCAUUACAGUUGAUUCCUUAAUAGAACUUCAGGAUUCCCAGAGUCCCUUUCAAUACUGGAUAGUUAGUGUUCUUGAGAAUAUUGGAGGAAGAUUACGCCUUCGCUAUGUGGGAUUGGAGGAGACUGAAUCCUAUGACCAGUGGUUGUUUUACUUGGAUUACAGACUUCGACCAGUUGGUUGGUGUCAAGAGAAUAAGUACAGACUGGAACCACCCGCAGAAAUCUGUUCUCUGAAGACUGUGUCUGAGUGGCAUUCUGCUCUGGAUAAAUCCCUGAUUGAGGCAGCACAGUUUCCCCUCCCUAUGGAAGUGUUUAAGGACCAUGACGACUUGAGGAACCACCUGUUCACGGUGGGCAUGAAACUGGAGGCGGUGGAUACAAAAGAGCCAUGUAGGAUUUGUCCCGCUACAAUAUCUAAGGUUUUUAACAACCAUUUUGUUCAAGUAACCAUCGACGACCUCCGUCCCGAAGCCAGCGCAGCCUCCAUGAUUUGCCAUGCCGAUUCCUUGGCGAUCAUGCCAGUACAGUGGUGCCUUAAGAACGGAGUCCACCUGUCACCACCCAAAGGUUAUUCUAGCCAGGACUUCGACUGGGCGGAUUACCAGAAGCAAUGUGGAACUGAAGCAGCUCCCCAGUUCUGCUUCAGAAAUGUAUCCUUCAGCCGAGGCUUUACGAAAAACAUGAAGCUGGAGGCUGUGAACCCCAAGAACCAGGCUGAAAUCUGUGUGGCUUCCGUCAUCUCAGUAAAAGGGAGGUUAAUGUGGCUCCGCUUGGAAGGUUUACAGGUGCCUGCUGCAGAAUACAUCGUCGAUGUGGAGUCGAUGAACAUAUUCCCAGUUGGCUGGUGUGAAGCGAAUGCUUACAAGCUCUCGACACCGCAUAAAGCUGUGUUGCAAAGGAAGAGGAAGAUUGCCGUCGUGCAGCCGGAAAAGCAGUUACCACAUGGAGAGCCUGUGGAGAAAAAAAUUCACGAGCCAUGCAUGCUUCCUCAGACAGACGCAAUAGGUACCAUCAAUGGGAGAUACAGCUGCCCUGCGCUGUUCAUCAAUCACCGCUGUUUCUCAGGGCCACACCUGAACAAAGGAAGAUUGGCCGAGCUGCCUCAGUCUGUUGGCCCGGGCAAGUGCGUGUUGGUUCUUAAAGAGGUCCUGAGCAUGGUCAUCAACUCUGCUUACAAACCCGGGAGUGUAUUGCGGGAGCUGCAGCUUGUCGAAGACCCCAGGUGGAAUUUCCAGGAGGAGACCCUCAAAGCAAAGUACAGAGGCAAAACCUACAGGGCCACCGUCAAGAUUGUCCGCACAUCUGAUCAAGUUCUGGAUUUCUGCCGGAGAGUUUGCGCUAAGCUGGAAUGCUGCCCGAAUUUAUUCAGCCCCAUCCCAGUUACUGAAGCCUGCCCGGAAAACUGCUCCGCUCACACCAAAACGAAAUAUACUUAUUAUUGUGGGAAGAGGAGGAAAGUCAUCAAGGCUCCAGCUGGAGAAAACAACAGCCGCAGCUCGGAGAGCAGACAUGGCAAGCCAGCCAGGCGCAGGAAGAUGCAGAAACCCAUUCCAGCACAAAAGAAGAGUCGGCCAUCUAUUACAGACCUAGCGGAAUCCCCGGAGGAAAGUGACGAGGAGGAACCGGAGGCCGUGGACGACGAGACGUGGAGUGAGGAGAGCAGCCCAGAGCUACAAGAUGACCAGACAGAUGUCUCCUCGGCCGAGCUGCCUGCAGCCAAGCCUGCGAGCACAAUGAGGUUGCGCAGCAGUGCUGACCUGGACCGAGUCGCUCGCAGCGGGAGGGGCAGGCGAGCCCGGAAAACCUUGGCUGUCUUGUGUGCCAAAGGACAGAAAAGGCCUCGGUUCAGACAGGUGAUGAAGCCAGAGCUGGAAGAGAAGCUUGUGCUGGAGAGCAACCCGUUGGAAUGGACUGUCACGGACGUGGUGAAGUUCAUCAAGCUGACCGACUGUGCCCCUCUUGCCAAAAUAUUUCAGGAGCAGGACAUUGACGGCCAAGCUCUCCUCUUGCUGACCCUGCCGACCGUCCAGGAGUGCAUGGAGCUCAAGCUCGGGCCCGCCAUCAAGCUGUGCCACCAGAUUGAGCGGGUCAAGCUGGCUUUCUAUGCCCAGUACGCCAACUGACCACACCGCUUGCCACUUUCCCGUCUGUGACUUUCGUUCCAAGGUUGCGCCUGGCUCUCCCGACCCUGAAGCCCUUUGUAUUCGGAAGCACUGAUAAAAUAUAUAUUGCGGGGAAGAAGCUGGCAGCCCAGCUGCUUGCUCAUGAGUAGGCUGGCCUUCAGCUGGGGCAUUGGGGUGGGGCUGAGUAAGGGCCGCAAGGCUCCAGGCUCCUCCUGAGAGAUUAUGAGCUCAAAGAGAGUCAGGUAAAGGGGUAAGAUACGGAGUGAUAAGCAGAGGAUUCCUCCAGGUGGAUGGUUUUUUUGUUUGUUCGUAUUUGGAGUUUUUUUGUUUUGUUUUGUUUUGCAGAUGCGUUCUGCAACUUGUCCCUGAUUCAUUAAUGUCACAGGCUGCUCAUUGCGACUACUCUAGAGUAACGGCUCUGCACGUUCUGGCCUUUUCAUGCUUUUAUUAAGUGCAGUCUAUUUACAGUGAUAGAGCUGUACAGGAUACAUCCGUUCAGUCCGAACCAGAACCCUGGAAUGGCGCGCUCCGCGUCUUCUUCCAGCAUAAGAGUCUGGGCACGCCAAAUCGCCUUCCGCGUUUCCUCCUGCAUAAUUCCGGAACCGGAGGGGAAAAGGGUCUCCUUUCCCUGUUUUCCUUCUCCCCCUCUUCCCCCCCCUCUCUCUUCCUCUCCCACGUGUAGCAGGGGCUCUCCUAUGCUGCCGGAGCCCCGUCUCCUCCUUCCUCCUUCCUCACUUGACUCUUCCCCCUCCCCGCUGCCACUGCUGCUGGUGGAGGAGCUGCUCCUCAGGAUGGGAGGGGGCUCUCUGUAGUCUUUGCCCCUUACAAUUAAGAUUGCAUUAGUGAUGGAUUUAGACCAAACCAUACGCAUACCAUUCUGCUUCACGAGUUGUUCUGCCAUGCUUUCCCCAAUGUUGGGCACUUUUGCACUAUAGCACAGCAGAAAAAAGAAAAAUACCCACCCAGAACAUUUGCGGCACAGAAGAGCCCCCAGGGAUGUGCGUAAACUCGCAAGGACUGGACUUUGCAGUAGAGAACCUCUGGCAGGGGAAAAAAAUGAGAUGACGAGGCACACACAGGAGCACUGUUUGUUGAAUGACUUCGUUUGACAGGGAAAAGGGGAGUCUUGAAGGCAGGGCGGCUGUCACUUGGGCCUGGUCCUUGCGGUGCAGUUUCCCUGAGCCGAGUAAGUGUGUACAGAAAUGCAUGCGCUGAGGCGAAGUGUGCACAGAUAAGAAGGAAAGCUCACAAGAAUGGUUCACGGUGGGGGAAGCUGCUUUGCAAAAAAAUGCGUGCUAAACUGCAUAUGGAAGAAGUCGGCAGGACGGAUUUUCAGGAGGACUCAAAUCGCCGACUGAUGUGUUAAAAGUGCGAGAGGCGAAUUUGAGAUUGGGAAAAUGAGAAAUUGAGAGGAGCCGAAAUGGACAGGCUCUCCUACCCCUAGUUUCCAACCACCGUGCAAGAUAAAGGGUCCAAAUUGUACAAACCGUUAAGAGACACCCCCUUCCCUGACUCCUAGAGCCAGCAGUGGAGGAAGCCGCUUGGGCACCUGGGGCAGCACGCCCAGGGGCGGGGCAAGCUGCCCAUAGGGGCAGGGCACACCCAGGGGCCUCCAGAGUCUGCCUGCCUCCUCCCACUCUGCCACCCUACAGCUGGGGGGAGGCAGCAGGCAGACCGUUUGGGCAAUGCAGAGCCUUUAGGCGCCCAAGCCACCGCGUCACUCUCAGGGGAGACGCGUGGCUUGGGCCCGCUGCAGGGCCCGCCGUGAGUGCCGCCUGGCAUUUUGUCACCCCCCUCAGUGGUGACACCCGGGACGGUCCGCACCCACCGUACCCCCCUUUCUCCACCCCUGCCUACAGCCCCAGGCAGCCUGUUUGCUCCACUCCAACAGAGCACAUGCGUAGCCAUGCGGGGUACAUGAGCAUCACUUUCUCUUAAAAGCCCACAUCCCAACAUGCAGCUCUUUUGGAAGGGAUGGGGGAGUUGGGCGCGUUGAAUCUAGUCCUUCCUCCUCUCAGGCAGCUCAUUAGAAAGAUUCCAGGCUUUUUAAAGGGCCUCUGUGCUUUUAGCCCUUGUUCCUGGCUCAGACGCUGUUUGAAAUGGAACGGGCUCCUUCGGGAGGCGGUGGACUCUCCUUGCAUCGGAGGAGAUUUUAAAGCAGAGGUUGGAUGGCCAUCAGUCAGGGGUUAUUUAGCUGUGACUCUUUCAUUGCAGGGGUUGGAUUAGAUGACCCCGUGGGGUCCCUCCCAGCUCUCUAGGAAAACACAAGAAUUGGAUUCAUUUGCUUUGUUAAACUUUUAUGUUCGUGCCCUGUUACUUUUCUUGUUACAAGCAGGAGGAUGGAAGCCUCCCAUCAUCAGAUGCGAAUGUUCGAAAGUUUCAAAGUUUCAAGGCUGCAUUACGCACCAUGCAUUUAUAAAGCGCACUACUUCCCCCCCCAAGCAGCCCUGGGUGCUGGGAGUUGUAGCUCUGUGGAGGGCAAACUACAGUUCCCAGCAUUCUUUUGAUGGGUGGGGGUGUGUGCUUUAAAUGUAUGGCGUGCUUAACAGCCCAAGUUGAGAGAGUUUUGGAAGGCGAAAAACCCGAGGGACAGUGAGAGAGAGAGGUGGGAAUAAUACUGUCUCCCAAUGCUUCCUGUCCACAAAAGGAUGAGGCACAUUGUUAAUUCUGCUGUACAAGAUUGUAUUCUGUAUAUAAAUAUAUAUAUAAAUAGAUAUAUAUAUAUAUGAUUUCAUGUAAAUAAUGGGGGAAAUCUAUAUUCAGAGUUCUAUUUUAAUUUUUAUUCAAAAAGGGAGCAAAAGAAAACUUUUUACUCGAAGCGUUGUAAACCAGAUUGUUGUUAAUAAAGUCAUUCAAAAGGAUGCCUGUCUGUUUAUGUCUCAUUUCCCCUCCUGCUUGAACACAAUUUGACCCAUAUCCACCGCAGGUCACGGGUAAGAGUGGUACCUUGGUUCUCAAAUGCCUUGGCCCUCGUACGUUUUGGCUCCCAAACGCCGCGAACCCGGAAGUGAGUGUUCCGGUUUGUGAACAUUCUUUGGAAGCCGAACCUCCGGCGCAGCUUCCGAUUGAGUGCAGCCAAUCGGAAGCCGCACCUUGGUUUUCGAACGGUUCCGGGAGUUGAAUGGACUCCCGGAACGGACUAAAUUCAACAACCAAGUUACGACUGUACUGAAUAUCCGUAGGGAAGUUCUCUUGUGGAAGGCCUGCGGAGAGCUGCUGCUGACUCAACGGAACCCCAAGGUUUUCUCAAAUGCUUGCAACAGAGGGAUGGGCAGAGCUGUUUUCAUAUCCUGCUUCUGGAAUUCUUGGUGACAUCUGUAUAGGUUUUAGUCAAAAGCUGGGCAAGAAUGGAAGAUGAGCCCUCAUCUAAGCCAGCAUCCUUUUCUCACCACGAUGGAAAAGAUGCUUAAAGUAUACUUGCAAGAAGGACAAAUCUCCCCACUUACUUUUGCCUACCAACAUGCAUGUUGCGGAGAGCUUUGGAAGAGAGAUUGGACAGGCCUCUGUCAUGGGUGCUUUAGCUGAGUUUCCUACAUUGCAGGGGGUUGGACUAGAUGACUCUUGGGGUCCCUUACGACUCGCAUGAUUUUAUACCACCAUUUAGUAAGAGUUUUUGGGGAGGCCUGCCUAGGGUGUCGGGUACCCUCUGCUAGGUGGUUCAUUCAUUCAGUUUUCUCGCUUUCCUUCCCUCCUGGGGGCUGUGCCGGGUAGCUAAAGCCAUAUACUAAAUGGGCUUCCAGAGGAGCAGCAGAAUAUGUGAUUCCUCUAUUUAAGAACUCGAAAAUUUCCCCUCUCCUAUUGGCCCCCUGUGUCUAGUUAAAUGCCAUCUCCCUCUCCCAUGUUUUCAGUCUUCUGUAUUAGAAAGGCAAUAGAAAUUACAGCUAAAUAGUGGUUCCAAGAGCAUUAAUUGCCUGCUCUUGCAAAUUUAAUUGUGUGGGAUUCUUUACAGUCACAUGCUGAUGCUAAUGAAACAUAACAGGGUGUUCUAGGAUUAUUCUGUGAUGAAACCCCUUGGAGCUGAGAGGUUUGCCAAACUGUUCUUCAUCUGGGAAACUUUCCACGUCAGUUUUUAUGCUGAGGGGCCCUCCCAUGUCUGCCUCCUAAUCGCUGCGUGGAAAAGGACAGGGGUCCGAUUCUCCUCGGCCAAAUUUAUUUCUGCAUUUUGGGGUUCUGAAUUUACCUGAUCUUGUUUCUGGGUAGGUAAGAAAUUGAAU